UUGAAGCACAAGACAAACCAAAAACAGAAAAACAAACCUUGUAAUCAUGGCUGCCAUCAACCCAGCAGUAGCAGCACAACUCUCCGUCGGCGUCCUCAAUAAUCCGGCGACCAAAAGCCGCCAAACUAUAGAGGCCGCCGCCACCAAUCCGGCCGUGAAAAAUGGUGCAACUUCGAUUCUUUCUUUACCUGCUCAGUCUCCAUUGCUUCAUACAAGCUCGGUUCCGAGAUGUUUGGGCACAAGGAUCAUGGCUGCGAAUCCUGAAGUUUUACCGUCGGAAAAUUUAACGGGCAUUCUGUUCUUCACGGAGUGCCAGUUCGGGAACUUUUCCGUCCAGAAUUUAAAGCUGGAAAACUUCGUGAAUUGGCAUGGAUUUGGAGAUUUACCGGAAACUAUAUCUCAAAAUCAGCCGACGGUCCCGUUUAGACACACCGGUGACUCACAUGGUUCGGUCGGAGCUGUUUCGUAUGUUGUGGGAGAGAAGAUCAGGUGGAUUAUUGCCUGGAGCAACUCCGCAGACGAUUCGCUCAAGCUGAACAAGGUGUACAGUGAAAUUAAUGAAGUGGAUGAAAGAGAAGUUGAUUGGGGUUCAAUAAGAAAAGCAUUGGACCAAAGUGUGUCGAAGUACAAUGCUAGAGAUGAUGAAAAUGGCUACUCCGCUGAUCUUUGGAUUGAUCCAACCACCAAUACACCAUCAAUGAUCGCAACACUCAACUCCAACAAUUAAUGUCGAUUACAAAAAUUUAAGAUUUGGUAUUUACAUAGAUGAUUAAUGUCCA